AUGCCAUCCGAUUUUCUCUCCUCUCAUCUUCUUGACCCUCGAAUAUCGAAUCUCACAUCUCGAAACCACGGAUAACGUGUACCUUAACGUUGCGAGGCAAAAUAAACGUCUGUGGUUAAGCCGACUUUCGAAUAGGUGGCUGGCUGAUCGGGACCUUGCAUCUCCUCUCUUUUCUCUGUCCUCUAUUCUCUGUUCUCUGUUCUCUUCUCUCCUCUCUCUUCACUCUUCUCUCCCUCGCUUUCAUCUUCAUCUCACCCCUCGCCCCCCUCUCGUUACUCGGCUCAUUCCGACGUACGGGGUCCUCUAGCACUCCCCAUCUAGACCACUGGAGCACAUAUAUUAGCAGUUGAGCACUUGAACAGUUGGGUCUAAAGUUCCUCUAAUAUCGGCCGUCCACCACCCCGACAAGGCUCAUCCUUGCGAGUUCCAGACGGACUGAUUCAAAGUCAACACGUCUCAAGACUCGACUUGUCGCCAUGUUCUUUACCGGCACUAUACAAGAGGCCGUUGCCACAGCGCUUCGGGAAAACAAAUUCGUCGUAAACUUUGUUACCGAUGAACAAGAAGUGGGCCAGCAAUGGGAGAAUGAAUGGCUUCAUGACCCCUCUCUUGUCCCCUUCCUCCGCGAUGAAUCUGUCGUCUUACGGUUAAAGGCCGGAUCUGUUGAGGCGGGUUUCUUAGCCAAUCUCUAUCCCAUACCUAAGUUCCCGACCAUCAUCAUCAUCAAGGAUCGUGAUCUCAAGGGUUAUGUUGCCCCGGACUGCGAUAAGGAGAAGUUCCUUUUGCAUAUGACAGUGGCUUUCCAAAAACCUCCGCGAAAUCAGAAUCCGAGCCAGGCUCAAAUUACUACCACCUCGGAAGAGGCUUCGGCCGUUCCACAGCAAGCAUCAACCCCGAACCUCGCAACACAAACUCCAUCUAAUGCUCCCCAGGAGUCUCGACAAUCUCAACAGGAACCACCAACCUCAGACAUCUCCAGCUCCUCCGGGGGCCCUCCCACUCCAUCACAGGAGGAAGAGCCUGCCGCCAAUCUCCGUGCAGUCUUAGCCGAACGCCGCGCCCGUCUGGAAGCCCGGCGCCGUGAAGCAGAACGCAAAGCGAAGGAAGCCCGAGCCGCCAAAGCCGCCGCCGAGGCCACCGAUUCCUCCCCCGAAGCCGUCCAAAAGCGCCUUCGCGCCGAAGCCCUCCGCAAGGAGCGCGAGAAAGCCGCCGAGGAGCGGGCCCGCAUCCUGCGCCGCAUCCAGGACGACAAACUCGACCGCCAGGCCCGCGCUGCCGCCUCCCGCGAGCCGAAGCUCGGCGACGUGGCGGCCGCCCUCGCUACCGUCGCGUCGACCCCCUUGCGCCCAUCGACCGGCCAGGUGGCGCUGCAGGUGCGGCUAUUCGACGGCUCGUCCCUGCGGACCCGGUUCAGCGGCGCCAAGGCCACGCUCGGGAACGAUGUGCGCAAGUGGCUGGACGAGUCUCGGACGGACGACAAGGUCCCGUACGUUUUUAAGCUCGUGCGGCCGCCGCCCCAGCCCAGCCAGCGGAUCGACGAGACGGAGGAGGGCAAGACCCUUGCUGAGCUUGGGCUGGUGCCGAGCGCUACGCUGAUGUUGGCGCCCGUGAGGAAGCACGCUCAAGCGUACGAUGCCCGGCGUCGCGGUUUCUUCGGCCUCUUGUUCGCCUUGUUCGGCCAAUUUAUUGGCUUCCUGGCCUGGCUGUGGGGUCUGAUGACUGGGGUCUUCUCAGGGUCUGGUGGCGGCAGCAGUAACAGCGGCGGCAGCAGCAGCAACAACAUUAGCAGUAGCAGCAGCAGCGGCGGCAGCAACCGUGAUCACGAGAACGAGGAGAGCAGGAAGAAGCAGGCGGAAGCACAGGCGGCCCAGGUGAGGGAGCGGCGCAGUGGCCGGUUUGCGCAGUUUGCCAACCCAGAAGACCGCAGAGGGGACCAGCAAUUAUAUAACGGCAACUCGCUCAAUUUCGAACCGAGGCCCGAUGACGAACAGUGAGACCAUGGGAAAGCUAGUUCUGGGAGGCUGCCGUGGGAAUUUCUUAUGCUUGAAUAUAUUACUGUUCACUGACUGAUUUGGGCAAUAUCUUCAGACAUAUUGCAGUACUGUAGUGCCGGCAAAGUGGGGAGCGGGAAUCUUGUGUCGUGUAUUAUACACCGGGGAGAUGUGAACUAAGAACUAAUCUCGUUCCAAAUAGGCUGCCCAUCGAAAUGAAAUGCUGUAAAGGGUCUCUUUAUGUCUUCAUGGCCAUGCAGUUGCGAUCCUGGACCCCAAUAUAGGUACAAAAAAAUUCU